AUGUUUACACUCAAGAAAUAUUUAUACGAUAUUGCCUAUGGAGAAAGGAAAGUAAAGAAUAGACUUACAUUCUUUGUUAUACUCAUUUCAGGAUACACAGGAUUCUAAAUGGGAAUCAAUUAAUCAGAAAAAUUAGACACAUCUUCUCUAUAUUAAUUUAACGGGUAAGAUGAAGAAAUUUAUAAUCUCUUAAAAACAAAACCUGUUUUUUAAUUAAUUUAUCCACCUGGAGAACCUUAUUUUGAUAUUUAUAGAACUGCAUUUAUAAAAGCAUCAAAUAAAUUUAAGUACAAUAUUAUUAUUUUAUUUGAUAAGCUCACUUUGUUUUAGUUAAUACAAAUUAACAUUUUCAAUAUUGUAGAAAUAUUGAUCUUUCAAGAUUACCUUAAGGUUUAUUAUGGUUACCACAAAAUUACAAUCUUGAAAAAUUAGAAAAAUUUAAAUAAGAAGGAGUUUUUCCAGUUGUUGAAUUUCUUAAAGAUUAUUCAGUAGAAGGAAUAGAAUGUUUCUUCUAAGAAAAUGGGGUAAUACCUAAAAAAUAGUCAACAGACAAAUUCACUUAAUAAAUUAGAGUAUUUAUGUGA